CCAAUUGGAUUUUGUCACCUCACGCUACUCGUCAUCAACCACCAUUGCUAUCACGACGACGACGACGGCGCGACUCAGCUCCGUCUUGGCUCGCACAGCGCGCGGUGUAUACGUAUCCGCAUCCAUGACGCCGUCCAUCAGCGCAGCCAUGACUUCUCCAUCAGCACCAGCAUCCGACGCGGGCCCAAGCACCACUCCGCGUCCGCGUCGUCCUUCUCACUCCACGCCCCUCCCUCCUCUUCUUCCCAUCUCCUCCUUUCCCACCCCUGCACCCCCACCCCACGCCAAACCCUCCGGCUACACCUUCUACCACACCACGCUCGGCUCCCCGCGCCACAUCGUCGCACCCAUGGUGGCGGCCUCCGAGCUUCCCUGGCGCAAACUCUCGCGUAGGAUAGGCGGGGCAGACCUAUGUUACUCGCCCAUGAUCAGCUCGAGCUCCUUUGUGAACAGCCUCAGGGCAAAGGGCAAGAGCGCACAGAGGAGCGUCCUGAAUUGGUUCAACACCGCCACCCGUGAAGAGGGCCACGGUCAAGACUCGAAGCUGAUCAUCCAACUCGCAGGUAACGACCCCACCGUGCUGCUGGAGGCGGCCACGCACCUUCAGUCUCACUGCCUGGGCAUCGACCUCAAUCUAGGCUGUCCACAACAUAUAGCCAAACGCGGUCACUACGGCUCCUUUCUCCAAGAAGACUGGCCCUUAAUCCACUCGCUCAUCUCCACACUCCACACCAACCUCACCGUACCCGUAACGGCGAAGAUGCGUGUAUUCCCCAGUGUUGAGCACACGAUCGCUUAUGCGCGCAUGUUGGAGCAUGCGGGGGCGCAGAUCAUUACCGUGCAUGGGCGCACUCGCGAGCAAAAGGGACACAAGACGGGACUGGCGGAUUGGGAGAUGAUUCGAGCCGUCAAGUCUGCUGUCAGCGUGCCGGUGUUCGCGAAUGGGAAUGUACUGUACCGCGAGGACGUCGAGGCAUGCCUCUCCGCAACGGGGGCGGACGGCGUAAUGUCAGCCGAGGGCAAUCUGUACAAUCCCCUCAUCUUUGCAGGGGAACAACUCCUCUCCUCCCUCCCCACCUCCCUCCUACCCUAUCGAGACUCCGACGCCUCCCCCGAAGCAGCCUGGCGGUCCUUCCCCUACAUCCCGGCCCUCGCCCACGAGUACCUAGACGAGGUGGCAGCCUGUCGUAAACGGGUCGACCAUAGUGCCGUCAAGGGGCAUAUGUUCAAGAUUUGUAGGCCGGCCUUGGAGAGGCAUAAGGAGUUGAGGGGCGUGCUGGGGAAGGCGCAAUUGCGUUACGUCGACGCUGAGGAGCGAGAGGAGGAAGCGGGACAGGGGCAGGGGGAGGCAGUCGUGCGAGAGUAUAGGGAGGCAGUUAGCGCCCUGGAUGAGAAGUUGACGGCGGACAAACAGGACCCGCUCUACCUUCAACCACCAAAGGACUGGGGCUCCUCCUCCCUCUCCGCGUCGGUUACGGAGGAGAAGUACGUCCCGCAUUGGCUUGCUCAACCCUACUUCAGGCCGGCGUUGCCCUUGCCUGAGGAGAAGACCAAGGGAGAGAAGAAGGGGGAGGUGGAGAAAGUGGGGGUAGAUACGCGAGACGUGCAGGGGAGGGGGGAGAAGAGGGUCGUCGACCUCGAGGAGGCAAAUGGCGGAGAAGCCAACGAGAAGGGCAAUGCCGAGGACGGUCACAAGAAGGUCCGUCUCUCCGAGCCUACCACUGCCGCACAGAACCCUAUACUAGAAGUUUGAGGCUCAUACGUCCUCCCUCAUCCCGUCACCACGCCACCCUACGCAACGCACCGUACCGCGCGCGCAGCUACAGCUCUUACUCGAGGAGGCGCAGCAAUUCAAGCUCGCAGCGAAUACCGCAUUCGAAAGGGGAGACUACGAGGCGGCUAUCAGCGAGUAUAGGGACGCACUGG